UGUUUCUUGUUACUCUCUUCUCUCUCUCCCUCCCUCCUUUUCCUCUUCAACGUCCAAGUCAAUGCUUAUGACCAGCCCCAUCUCGUAAUAAGCUUGUUUAAAUAUGAUGAAGAGGCGACGUCUAAUUUGCUGCCAUCAUGCUCGCCACUUCUGUGCAUGCAUAAUCCCCCCCCCCCCCCCCCCUUUUGACAUUGUUGGGCGGCGAAGAAGAAGAACAGGAAUAAGUAAUUAAGGUGGAGAGUAAAGAGCCGCGCGCACCGCUCCGAUCGAACGCCCUUGCUGGGCUCCGGCGGCGGGCGCCAUGGCCGGGGGAGGGGCCAAAGACGGCUCGGAGAUCACGCUGGAGCACACGCCCACGUGGAUCGUCGCCUCCGUCUGCUCCGUCAUCGUCAUCAUCUCCCUGCUCUUCGAGCGCCUGCUCCACCGCCUCGGCAAGAGGCUGUCGAAAAGCCAUCGGAAGCCGCUGUACGAGGCCCUCCUCAAGGUCAAGGAAGAGCUGAUGCUGCUGGGGUUCAUCUCCCUGAUGCUCAACGUCUUCCAGGGCGCCACGCAGAAGAUAUGCGUCCAGGAGAGCGUCAUGCGCCACCUGCUGCCGUGCACGCGCCCGCCGCCGCGCGCCGCCAGGGAAGCCGCGCACUACGGCGCCGCCGCGUUCACCGGCGUCCUGGGCGGCGCGAGGAGGCUCCUCGCCGGAGGAGGCGCCUCCAGCGACUACUGCCUGAAAAAGGGCAAAGUUCCAAUUCUCUCUAUUGAAGCCAUUCAUCAGCUGCACAUUUUUAUCUUUGCCCUAGCAGUCACGCACGUGGUUCUCAGUGCUGUUACACUUAUUCUUGGAGUCACACAGACAAGAAAAUGGAAACACUGGGAGGAGAAGAUCCAACAAAAUGAUGAUAAUGGUCCUCAAAUGAUCAAACAUGUGCAAGAAUUCAAAUUUAUCCAAUCUCACUUCAAAGGCCAUGGGAAAAGAUGGGGAAUUUUCGGUUGGCUGCGUGCCUUCUUCAAACAAUUUUAUGGGUCAGUCACUGAGGAGGACUACACAACCCUGAGACUUGGCUUCGUCAUGAAACAUUGUAGGGGGCAUCCAAAAUUUAAUUUUUAUGAUUAUAUGAAUAGAGCACUGGAGGUUGAUUUCAAGAAAGUUGUUGGGAUAAGUUGGUACCUUUGGGCUUUGCUUAUUAUAUUCUUAUUACUGAAUGUUCACGGAUGGUAUGUCUACAUAUGGAUAUCGGCAGUCCCUUUCAUUGUGCUACUUGUGGUUGGAAGUAAGAUGGAGCAUAUUAUUACUGAAUUGGCUCUCGAGGUUGCCCAAAAGCAUACGGCAAUAGAAGGGGAUCUAGUUGUGUCUCCUUCGGAUGAACACUUUUGGUUUGGCCGGCCUAAACUAGUCCUCCUCUUGAUCCACAUUGUCUUGUUCCAAAAUGCAUUUGAGAUUGCAUUUUUCUUUUGGUUGUUGGUUACAUAUGGAUUUAAAUCAUGCAUUAUGGGAAAACCAGCAUAUGUUAUUGCUCGACUUGUGAUAAGUGUGAUCAGCCAACUCCUAUGCGGUUACAGCACUCUACCACUCUAUGCUAUAAUCUCACAGAUGGGAAGUUCAUUUAAGAAAGCAAUGUUCGAUGAGAAUAUAUCUAAAGGCCUCACCAAAUGGGCUCAAAAUGCUAGGAAACGUACAAUGAUGUCAGCAACAAAUGUAGGUGAUCGUUCACGUGAUGGUGAGGGAAUUCAAAUGGUGAACCAACGAAGAGUGUCAGCAAUGGAACAAGGGACUGCUAGGCUGACUAAUUGAGUACAUGAGUGUAAUUGCUAAUGCAUAUUGUAUAUAUAUUUGGAAAUUCAGAAUUUUUUAGAUUUGUUUUAUAUGCAAAUUCUUGUAAAUUUAGAUAUUUGUUCAAUACCUCUAAAGUAAUUCAGUCAUUUUAGUUCCAUGCUACACAUUCA